AUGGUAUUUUCCUGGGGAGGAGGCCCGCGAGCCCCACGUCUGCUGCUCUGGCUUCUGCUCCUGGCAGCCUGGGAGACUGGGAGCGGCCAGGUCCACUACUCCGUCCCCGAGGAGGCCAAGCACGGCACCUUCGUGGGCUGCAUCGCGCAGGACCUGGGGCUGGAGCUGGCCGAGCUGGUGCCGCGCCUGUUCCGGGUGGCGUCCAAAGGCCGCGGGGACCUUCUGGAGGUGAAUCUGCAGAACGGCAUCCUGUUCGUGAAUUCCCGGCUGGACCGCGAGGAGCUGUGCGGGCGGAGCGCAGUGUGCGGCGUCCACCUGGAGGUGAUCGUGGAGAAGCCGCUGCAGGUUUUCCACGUGGAGGUGGAGGUGAAGGACAUUAACGACAACGCGCCGGUAUUCCCUGAAAGUGAGAAAAGAAUAAGCAUUGGGGAACAUAGACCACCGGAAACUCGGUUUCCACUAGAUGGCGCUUCCGAUGCAGAUAUUGGAGUAAACUCGGCCUUGAUCUACCGACUCAGUCCCAAUGACUUUUUCGCUUUGGACACACAAAACAAUCGUGAGAAAACGUCUUCAUUAUCACUUGUGCUGAGGAAAUCAUUGGACAGAGAGGAAAUUCAGGAACAUAGUUUAUUAUUAACAGCCAGUGAUGGAGGGAAACCGCAGCUGACUGGCACAGUCCAUUUGCUAAUCACGGUGCUGGAUGUGAAUGAUAACGCUCCAGAAUUCGACCAAUCUAUUUAUAAAGUGAGAGUGCUAGAGAACGCAUUUAAUGGAACAUUAAUGAUCAAGCUAAAUGCCACAGAUCCCGAUGAUGGCACAAAUGGAGACAUAGACUACUCAUUCAGAAGGCCUGUAUCACCUUCAGUGGCACAUGGAUUUACCAUAAAUCCCAGUAACGGAGAAAUUAGGACAAAAGGUAAUCUGGAUUUUGAAGAAAAUGAAUUGUAUGAAAUAGCCGUGGAGGCCGUUGACAAAGGGAAUAUUCCAAUGGCUGGUCAUUGUACCGUUUUAGUGGAAGUACUAGAUGUAAAUGAUAACGCUCCAGAGGUCAGCAUCACUUCCCUGUCACCCUCACUCAGAGAGGACGCUCAGCCUGACACCGUCAUCGCCCUGAUCAGAGUGUCUGACCGGGACUCAGGCGCCAAUGGUCAGGUGAUCUGCUCCCUGACACCCCAUAGCCCCUUCAAGCUGGUGUCCACCUUCAAAAACUAUUAUUCGCUCGUGCUCGACAACGCUUUGGAUCGCGAGAGGAUGUCGGCCUAUGCUCUGGUUGUAACAGCGCAGGACUGGGGAUCGCCUUCCCUGUCGUCCACAGCCAGUGUCUCGGUGCAGGUGGCCGACGUGAACGACAACGCGCCCACCUUCGCGCAGCCCGAGUACACGGUGUUCGUGAAGGAGAACAACCCGCCCGGCAGCCACAUCUUCACGGUGUCUGCGCACGACGCGGACGCGCAGGAGAACGCCCUGGUGUCCUACUCGCUGGUGGAGCGGCGGGUGGGCGAGCGCGCGCUGUCGAGCUACGUGUCGGUGCACGCCGAGAGCGGCAAGGUGUACGCGCUGCAGCCGCUGGACCACGAGGAGCUGGAGCUGCUGCAGUUCCAGGUGAGCGCGCGCGACGCGGGCGUCCCUUCUCUGGGCAGCAACGUGACGCUGCAGGUGUUCGUGUUGGACGAGAACGACAACGCGCCGGCGCUGCUGCCAACUGGGUCGGGCGGCGCGGUGAGCGAACUGGUGCCGCGGUCGGUGGGCCCUGGCCACGUGGUGGCGAAGGUGCGCGCAGUGGACGCGGAUUCUGGCUACAACGCGUGGCUUUCAUAUGAGUUGCAGCCCGUGGCGGGCGGCCCAGGCAACCUGUUCCGCGUGGGCCUGUACACGGGCGAGGUGAGCACGACGCGCUCCCUGGAUGAGACCGAUAUGCAGCGGCAGCGCCUUCUGGUGCUGGUGAAGGAUCAUGGGGAGCCGCGGCUGACAGCCACGGCCACGGUGCUGGUGUCACUGGUGGAGAGUGGCCAGGCGUUGAAGAAGUCGUCAUGGGAGUCAUCGGGAGCCGAGGUCCGGGAGGCGGCGCUGGUGAAUGUCAACGUGUACCUGAUCAUCGCCAUCUGCGCGGUGUCCAGCCUGCUGGUGCUCACGCUGGUGCUGUACACGGCACUGCGGUGCUCGGCGCCGCCGACAGAGGGCGCGUGCGAUCCGGGGAAGCCCAUGCUGGUGUGCGCCAGCGCAGUGGGGAGCUGGUCUUACUCGCAGCAGAGGCGGCAGAGGGUGUGCUCUGGGGAGGGGCCGCCCAAGACCGACCUCAUGGCCUUCAGCCCUUCACUUCCUCCUUGUUUAUGUUCUGCUGAGGAAACUGGCCAGAGGGAAGCGGAUUCAGAACAUUUGAAAGAGGUGAGCUUGAAUUUAAAAUUGUGGUAUCAUUUUGACCUUCCUUAUAGCGGUCCGUUAUAA